UUUAGAACUAGAAUGGUUUAUUUGUGCAAUAUUGUAUUCGUGAGUUGUUAUAAAUGUGUCAUGGUAUAAGGCGAUCAAAGAUGGAAGGGAAGACCAAAGGUCGCGUUUUUUUUAAACAACAGUUAUACAGUAAAUAAUGGUAAUUGCACAAGUUAUGGAGAUUGUCGAAAAUGUGAAUAAUAACAGAAAAUAACUGCGAAACAAGUCCAGCUAACUACCCUCGCUGGCAUCUUUUUAUAAUUUCUGUUGUUGUUAGGAUAACAUCUAGGAUAAUUAUCAUCUUAAGAUGUGUGUUACUUCCGUAUCUGGAAUUCGGAGCUAUCAAACUUUCUUAUUAGAAAACUAGCUACUCACAAUGGCGAUUCUUGAUGGUUUAUCUAAAUUCAUUACGGCCGUGUCAUAUGCACUGAUUUUGGUCGCUUCAGUAAUACUUAUAAGUAUUGGGGGGAGCAUACUUGUAAUUGCUGCGCGUUACAAACACGCUGUGACUGUAACAAACUUACAAUUUCCUGGUUAUAUUGUGUCUGGCACAGGUUUAUUGCUUCUGUGUGCUGGAGUGAUUGGUUUCAUAGCUUGCAUCAAACAUAAUAGCUGUCUACAUGUAUUGUUUUGCGCAUUGUUGCUCACCGUUUUACUAUGUAAACUGGCUGUUAUAAUCGUUUCUAUAUUUUACUGGCCAAAAGUUAGAGAACAAAUAAGUGAAAUACUUUACGAAGAUCUGAGGAUGUAUAAUAAAGUUGCUGAAGUUCGACAGAUUGUUGAUUUUAUCCAGUCAAACUUUGAGUGUUGCGGAGUGGAAAAUCGAUCGGAUUGGAAAUUUUACAAUUAUAGCAGUUAUCCUCAAAGUUGUUGUAAAAAUCAUCAGUUAGAAGGAUCUUUUAGCGAUAAAGAAUGCAUCUAUUAUCAGUAUAGCUGCCUCAAUUUCUUGGAACGUGAAGUUAAAAGAUAUUUGGGUUAUAUCAUUGGAUCCGCAUGUACCUUUUUCUUGUUGCUGCUUAUCGGUUUGCACAGCAUGUGCGUUGUGAUUUGUCGGUCUCAAUCGAUCCAUCGUUGGCAUAAUGAGGGUUAUAUUAGUAUAUAAUCUAUCGUGAUUAAGUUUAUGGUUAAUUUUGGGUACCGAAGUGUUUUGUAUUUCUACAAAGAAGGUAUAUUGGACUCGUAAUGCUCCAUACCUAAGCUAAAUAUCCUGCUUCUUUGCACAUAGAUCAUUCGUUGAUUUCAUUGACAGAGACUAUUCAGGAGGAUUGUUGUACGCUUAUUCAUUUUAUUGUUUAUAAUUCUCGAUCUAUCUAAUCAUCAAUUACAUUAAAUUAUUAAAUAAACUAAAAAAUUUUACUAUGAUAUAACGGGGUUAU